CUUCAGAUCAAGCUUCUCUCAGCAACAGCUCGCGCUCCCACCCGUGGCAGUGAGUUUGCUGCCGGCUACGAUCUCUAUGCAUCAAAGAGUGCCACAGUUCCCGCCAGAGGAAAGGUCCUUGCUGAUACCGACAUCUCGAUUGCCGUGCCUGCUGGAACCUACGGUAGAGUAGCUCCUCGCUCUGGACUCGCUGCAAAGCAUUCAAUCGACGUCGGUGCUGGUGUCAUUGACGCAGACUACCGUGGUCCCCUCAAGGUCCUUCUGUUCAACCUAGGCGAGACCGACUUUGCUAUCAACGAGGGAGACCGAAUUGCACAGCUGAUCGUCGAAAGAAUCUACACUCCAGAGGUGCUUGUGGUUGACCAGCUUCCCGACAGCGUCCGUGGCGCUGGAGGCUUCGGCUCAACUGGC